AUGACACGCGACGGUGACAACUCCACCGCGCCCACGCGCCGCUUGUCCCGCUACUCAGCCGCUCGUGGCAUGAACUUCUAUGAGCCGCGCACUUAUCGCACUCGCGCGAAGCUUCCAAUUCCGGCGGGUCACACCAAAGAAACCUACGAAGUCGACUACCUCACCCACAAGAGACACCCGGGAAACUCCGAUGAACCGGAGUAUCGGGUGCGAUGGGCGGGGGUGGACGAAAACGGCAAGAAGUGGCCGUCGAGCUGGCAGAUUGCGAGCGUGAUAGGGGACGUCUCGAUCGGGCAGUAUGAGGCUAGCCACGCGCAGCCUGGGCAUGAGGAGAUGGACGUCGAUACUGCAGCUGAGGCCUCCCCGAGCCUGAAGAAGAAAAAUGCAAAGCACAAAGAGAAGCAGAAAGUGAUGAAGAGGGCGGUGCAAGACGAUAACGGCAUGUGGUCGGUUCUGGGAGAGGGUCAAGACAAACAGAAGAAGGGCAAGGGCAAAGAAAAGAAGAAAGCUAAGAGGAGCGCAGGGCCGCGUUACAACGUCUUUGAUCAUGUUAGGAGGAAGGACAGACUCGGGAUCGGAAAGGACAGAUUCAAGAAGACGGACGGAAGACAAAGACACGAAUAA